GCAGCGCACACAUAGGAACAGCCACGCACUAAGAGAAGACGCACACCACGGUUCCAAGAAGAAUCAGAAGUAAAAUAUCGUCCAUAAGAAAAAAAAUAAAUAAUCAUGGCAAGAAAUGUGUUGGUACAAGCAUGGGUGGUGAUGGUGGUGGCAGCGGCUGUGGUGGCGGCUGCCUGGGUCCCACAAGAAGCGAAUAAAGAAAGGGGCGCCGCCGCUAUGGAACGCAGAGGCGGAGACGAGGAAGCAGAACCAGAGGAAACUGAUCUAAAUGAAGUAAGAGAGGAACCCCAACAUGUAAAGAAGUCUUCAGACACAGGAUCGGUGAAGCUUGGAUCCGUUAUCAAAUCCGGAUACAGGAAGAUGGAAUCAAGGUCAUCCGGAUCCAAUGAGAACUUUGAGAUCGUAAUGCAGAGAUUGAAGGAGAAAAUAGUGGCUGGGGAUAAGAAUGCGUUAGAGCUGAUGAGGAUAUUAGGAUUCCCUGUUAGAAUGGAAAUUCUAAAAUACUACGGGGAUGAUGAUGAUGAUGAUGAUGAUGAUGAUGAUGAUAAUGAUGAUGAUGAUGAUGAUUAGAAGAAAGAUGGAUCUAUUGCUACCACCACACCAGCAUAGCCAUUCAGAAUCAAUGAGGGCAGAGAGGAAAGCUGAGUGUGUGGGGGCUGACUUCUGUCGUUUCAUAAGUGUUCUAUAUAUUCACCAACACUUAUUAUUAUUUUCUUUGUUGAAAGCAUCCUAUUUGUGUCACCACUUCAAUUUUGAGAGUAACAUAAAUCUGUGCUGUUUGUAAGGACAUCAGUCAAAUAUUUCAAAGUCCUCCUCUCGCAUCCUUCUGCAUUUUUCUUUUUUUUUUUUCUUUUACUUUCAUUCUUAAUUUCUUUUUUUUUUUGCAUCUUCCGUCCUUUUCUUCUGGUUCUCUACUGCUUUUAUACUUUUGUUUUCACCCAUACUUCUCUUCUUUACCUGCUCUUCUUCACC